AUGUGGCGCCCAGAUCCAGGACCCUGCGUCGCACGGGUGGCCGACUGGGGCGAGCAUCCAGACGACGUUGAGUACAUCCGGCAGCUGAAGGCCCUGCCAAAGAAGAUUCUCAAGAGGCGUGAGAUAGUUGCCAAGGACUUGGACAUCAAGCGAGUUUGCCAGAAGCAGGGAAAGGUCCACUUUUCCGUUGCCUGCUGGAAUUUGUCAGAGUACUCUCGCAGUGGCGGUCUAGAUGCUCAGGUUUCCAGCCUGAUUCACGUCUUCUAUGAGGGAAAGGAUGAGCGUAAGGUUCUGAACGUGUUCUCUUCUGCCGGCAUUGACCUUGAGUCCGCUGAGGCAGUGCCGGUGGAUCCAAACUCGAGCAAACGCCACGAGCAGCAGAUCAUGUACGCCAAGGAGUGUCUCUACAUUCAGGACGAAAACACCUGGGAAGAAGGACACGAGGACAUCCAGCACUUGUCGGGAUCGGUACACAUUGUUGACUGGGUUGCCUUGCCGCCCUCUUGCCCUCAUGGAGCGAUCUAUGUUGCCAUCAUCACACCCCUCAUCAUGGUGUCCAAGCCCAUUCUACCGAAGGUGGUCUGGGGAUAUGAUUUUCUGCCCCAAAUGGCGUGUCAUAUGUGGUCCUUCGUGAUUGCUUGCUUCAUCCUGUUGCACAGCGGCGGGGAGGAAUGGAUGGCGUUUAUUUCCUUUGCCUCAGCAAUGUUGAUCGUCGCCAACUUGGCGACCAUGGGAUUCUCCCUGGACCUGUCUGCCCCGGCAGUCGCCUUACUCUGGGAGUUCAACUACCUGCUGGAGCGCUUUCAGUAG